UUGAUUUUUUUUAAUCUUAUAAUAAGCUACAAGUGCCGCUGCUUAUAUAAGCGUCUGGUUCUUCCCAAAAAAAAAACCCUAAUUUAUACCCUAAAAUUGCCUUCCUUUCUGCUUCGAUUCUCAUCAAGGGAAAAGUGGAGAAGCUGGACAACGGACACGUGAAAAUGAGUGUGCGGGUGGGAGAGAGUGAUGUGGUUGGGAAGAGUGGGAAGAAGGGUAAGAGAAGAAAGAAGAUUGAGAAGGGCGGGGUGGAUGAGGUACGUGAUGGUCUGGAUGUGGAAGAAGGUGGAAUUGUAAAGAGUAAGAAGGGGAAGAGAGGUAAGAUGGAUGUGGUGGAAGAGGUAACUGAUCAUAUGGAUGUGGAAGAAGAUGGAAUUGGAAAGAGUAGGAAAAAGGGGAAGAAAAGUAAGAAGAAAGAGAUGGUGGGGGUGGGAGAGGUGAUGGAUUGUCUGGAUGUGGAAGUAGAUGGAAUUGAAAAUAGUAGGAAGAAAGGGAAGAAAAUUAAGAAUAAAGAUAUGGAUGGGGUGGGAGAGGUAACUGAUCGUGUGGAUGUGGAAGAAGAUGGAAUUGGAAAGAGUAGGAAGAAGGGGAAGAAAAGUAAGGAGGAGACGGAUGGGGUAGAAGAGAUGAAUGAUCAGACAAAUGUGGAGAAUGAACAGAACUUGGAAACUAGAGUAGAAAAUAAGAAAAAGAAGAAGGGAAAGGAAAUGGUUGCUGGCGGGGAAUCAAUGACUGAUACUCAAGAUAAAGAAUAUGUAGUUGAAAAACGGAAGAAGAAGAAGAAGAAAACAAAGACCAGGAAAUUCGAGACCUUUGAGAAUCAAGAUGCAUUAAAUGAGAAGACUGAAACUGAAGCUAAAGAGAGCAACAGCAUUGCUGGGAAUGUGGAGAAGAAGAAAAAGAAGCGGAAAAGGACGGUGGAAGAAGAUGAUGAUGAUAAUGACACAGGAAAGAAGAAAGGUUGCUAUAGAGAAGAUGUUGGAAAUUCUUUACCUGAUGACAAUGGUAUGGUUGCUAUAGAGAAGGUUAAGAUGAAGAAGAAGAAGAAAAAGCGGCAGAGGAAGAAUGAGGAAAUAACAGAAAUGGACGGGCUUUCAAGUAAGGCAAAAGAUAAUGAAACCACAAAUGUUCCGGGAAAGGAGAAGAAGACCAAGUCAGUAAUGAAGGAUCCUGAAAAUCCUAAAUCAAAAGAAAAGAAGAAAGUUAGGUUUUCUAAUGAUUUAGAGGAAGUUAGGUUUUCUGAUGACUUAGAGGUUGUUCCAUCUGAUAGCCUAGUUCAAGGUAAGAGAUUCACACCGGAAGAAGAUGAGACUUUGAGAGCAGCUGUUGAAGAGUAUAUACAAUCACAUUGCUUAGGUGAAAAAGGUGUGGAAAUGGUCAUGAAGUGUAUAUCUCACCGAAAAGUAAGGAACUGUUGGAAUGAAAUAAGGAAAGCAUUACCAUAUAGGCCUAAAUCAGCGAUAUAUUCCCGUGCUCAUACAUUGUUUGAGAGAGGUGAGACACAUGAAUGGACUGAAGAAGAAAAAGAAAUGCUUCUGGAACAGUAUAAAAAGCAUGGUAACAAUUGGAGUCUGAUGGCUAAAGAUUUUAAGAGACAUAGACUUCAGGUAAAGGAUACAUAUCGUAGAAUAAAAAUGAAACGAAAUAAAGGACAUUGGUCCCAAGAAGAAUACCAAACCUUGUUUGAUCACGUGAAUAUUGAUUUGCGAGCUAAGCUUGAUGAAGAGAAGAAAUCAAAGCAUGGAAUGUUACGAGAUAAUAUAUGUUGGACUGCAAUCAGUGACAAAUUGUCAACUAGAGCCGACUCACUUUGCUGUAUGAAAUGGUACAAUCAAUUAACAUCGCCAAUGGUUUCUCAGGGUAUAUGGGCUGAUUCUGAUGAUUACCGUCUGCUUGAUGCACUUUUCAAUUUGGAUGCAUGCUGCAUAGAAGAUGUAGAUUGGGAUAAUCUGAUUGAGCAUAGGUCUGGUGAUGUAUGUAGGAAGCGUUGGGACCAAAUGGUGCUUCACAUAGGCUUACAUGGGGUCAAGUCUUUUGCUGAGCAAGUUGAAGUUCUGGCAAACCGAUACCGUCCUGAACUAACCGAAGCACGGGAGGCUUGGGACAGCAAACCUUUGGUCCCAUGACAUAGCAGACAGUUAUAUAUGCAUUCACAGAAAACCUUGAAGUCAAUAAGCUAGCUCAUACCAUAGUUCUGCCAUUGGCGUAUAUUGCAAAGAUAUGUACGGAUGUUCAUGUACUCUCAGAGUUGGUAUGGAGAUUUUUAAACUAAUGCAUGAUUGUGGAUGUUACAAGUCAUGAUGGUAGUCGGAGAAAUAGUGGGGAAAGAAAGAGAUAUAUAGCCCUGAAACAGCUUAUAUUGCAGCUCUUUCUCUUCUUUCUUUUCCCCCUUCUCUUACAAGUUCUUUAGUGACUUUGUUGUUUUUGUAGAAAUAUAUGUAACAAUCAGAGUGAUUGAAAUGAUUAUGGUCAUGAUUUUAGUUA